GAUGCCAGCUGAUUGUCAAUCGCUGCGACGCGUCAUCAUUGUUUUAUGUUUCGUUUGUUAUUGAACCGUUUUCAUUAAUAAAAAUGAUUGAAAUAACUGCUAAACUAAUACGAGAUCAAAGUGCCGUUUUUCUUUGCGGUGAAAUAGUGGAAUGCUUAAUAAUUUUUACAAAUCCAAAAUUACCGGAGCAUAACAUUUCCCAAAGCCAUAGCGACAUUCUGGAGAAUUUAGCAUGGGCAACAGUCCAGAUUCACUGUUAUUGCAACUCUACUCUCCAGGAUCGCGGUGGGGCUGCAGCAGAGGCAUCGAGUUCAAUUAACAAAAAUGUAAGCGGAUCAACGUCCCUUAAUGCUAGCAACCAACUGAAAGGCGAGGUGCUUAAAUCUUCUGAACCCAAAAUACUAUUUUGUGAUUUGCGCCUUUCGCCGGGUGAAUCAAGACAAUUUAUGUUCCGCGAAACACUCUCAGUAAAUACUCCUCCAACCUAUAGGGGUGUUAUGGUCAAAUACUACUAUAAAAUCACAGUAGCUACGCAACGCGUCGGCUCAACGGUCCAGGCAUUAUACAUUCCAAUUCGUGUCCUACCUCUGCCACCAAUCAACAGUAGCGAUGAAGCGAUUACCCUAAAUGACGAAUCUAACGAAGAUCUAGCACCAAACAAUCCAUUUAUAGAAAAAAAGAAGGCUCCCUCUAAGAUUGAGUAUGCCUUACAUUACUUACAGAACAUAACUGCUCGGCGACGACCAAACUUUUACUUGAUAUCAAAUAAGAGGGGUAAAGUGGGCCGUUUUUGCCUGUUUAAGCCGAUUUACAAACUUGGAGAGGAUAUUGUUGGCACUUUGGACUUCAGCUGUGGAACUGUAAAAUGUGUCCAACUUUCAGUUACGCUGCAAUGUGAAGAAGUUGUCAAAAAUAAGGAAGUCAAGCCGCCAAGUGACAUUGGGAGUACUUUAAGCCCGGACAAGGAACACACUUCGGUUCCCUUUGGACGCAUAACAAACUUUACUAAACACCACGAAGUGUGUCUUGGAUUGCUCCAAACGCAAAUGAUCCUACCUAUUCCACUGUAUGUGACUCCGACGUUCGAAACCGACCUGGUUGAUGUCAGAUGGAGAUUGCAUUUUCAGUUCGUCACCAGCACCAAUGAAGAGCUGAACACAACUAUCGUUAGCGACACGCUGGAAUGGCAAGCUCCGACGGACAUUUCGAUCGAAACCAUGAUCUGGAACCUACCGGUGACGAUUUAUCCGACCGCACCUGUACAGAUUCCACAAGCUUGUGGGACGUUCACGUUGAAUAUUAAGUAGAAGUUGGAUGUUUAUGAAGCCUGCGAUUUUUUUCGAGGCAACUAAUUGGUCAAACGAAAAAAUACAAUUUAUCGUGUAACAA